GACUACAGGAAGUUGGGGAGUUGCCGCGCAAUAAUCACCAGACAACUUGACGAAACAAACACGUAUUGUCGUUUAACUCAGACUUUUAGAGCUGUUAAAAUGCAGCCAUUCUAUCUUCCCUUUUUCAAAGGGAACGAUAGUUUGAAUGGAUUCGACGAAGAGGACCAUGAAGAGUUUGCAGAACGCCUUAGAAAAACCUUGUACUAUGGGAAGACACCAUCCACUGACCGCCCCUCACUUCCUCUCACUGAAAUAGCUGUUGAAUAUUUACAAGAAGCAUGUCCAAGGCAACUAGGCAAGCUGGAUAUUUUCUCUGCAGCAACCACUUCAAGACAAGCUUGUAUGUCACCUUGUUCUGUAAUGAUGAGCAUGCUGUAUGUCAAACGUUUAAAGACCAGGAACCCUGCCUACCUACAACAGAUCUCCUCUGCCGACCUAUUCCUGAUUUCCGUGAUGAUGGCUUCCAAAUUUUUGUACGAUGAAGGAAUUGAUGAUGAGGUUUUCAACGACGAGUGGGCAGCAUCUGCAGACCUAGAAACGGAAGAAGUUAACGAAAUGGAGCUGCAAUUCCUGUCAGCAAUUGACUGGCAACUUUUCGUCAGACCAAAUGAAUUCUACGACAUCCUUCAUGACUUGGAAAAGAGGAUUGCCCUACGACAAGCCAGAGAACGAGGCUGGUUUACCUACACUGACCUCAUGGUGCUAUCAGAAGAUCCUGAAUUUGCCAAACUAGCCACCUUUCUUAGUCAAGAGAUUUCCAAGGUGGUGCUUGUCAGCUCAGUUGCAUACUUAGCCAGUGUGUUGACCAUGGUGGGAUCGACCCUUCUGGUCACGACCAUGACAACAGCUAUCAUGAUCCAUGGUCCAACUGUUCUAGCGCCUCCUCUUCCAAACCUUCCACAAGCUGUACCAAAAUGCCUGCAUGGUCGCUGCAACGAAACGUCAUUCUCUGUCAUGGAAUCCCCUGUAGAAGACACAGUCACGGUAGACGCCAACACUCCAGAACACGAAGGAAGUAGAGAUAGGUUCUCCGUGUUGAAGAACACAGUUGACGGACUUCUCUCACUUUUCACUGUGGUUUCGCUGAGAGAUACUUUCGCUAAGCAUAUAUAUAGUACUAAGGACAAUAAGAACACUUAUGAUCAGGAUUUGACCCAUUACCCGAACCCGACAGAAACAGCCCAACGUCCAAACAAAUCUGUGAUCACCGAAUAUGGAGGGUUGUUUCAUUCCGAUGAACAGGCUCAGUACCGACUUCAUGGUUGUGCUUCUUGUGGAAAAUGCGAGUCAAACGGAAACAAAGAGAGUGGACAUGUACAAAGGGAGGUAAAUCCUGCUCGGUGUGUUGUGGAUCGUGAGAUCGUCUACGUGGGCUUCAAGGAUUUGAUGCUGUACGAUCGCUUUUCAGACAUAUCGCUGGGGUUCACUACUGGACUGAAAUCUCCCGCCCUGUUGCACACCUGAUAGUGAUUCUAACAUCACGAAGUACACAUAAUCUGCAGAAUUAUUUGGGUCCGUUACCUUAUGCAAUUCCAUAAAGUAUUCCUAAAACAAAAUUAACAUUAAAUGAGAUGUAAGCCCUGGAUUGAAAAUUCUAAAUUUAGAUCUUCUUUAAAAAAAAAAGUGGUGAUUAAAAUUAGAAAGAAAAAAAAUACUGAAAACAUCUUAAAAUUAAAUGUAGAUUUUACAAUAUUUGAUUAUUUGCAGAACGAAAGUUCACAAAAAAAGUUUUUACAUUAAAGGGGUAAAUCUGUAAAAUGAUACUUUGUAAUCUUUUACAAAAUUAUUAAAAUGCAUAAAAAAAAAAAUGCCAUCUUAAAAAUAAAAAGCUUUCUAUGUCCUGUGCCAUAUUUAAUCUUGUAGAAAUUGUGUACUUUGUAAUGUUGCUUUAAACAAUACUGAUGAAUGGUCGGAUGUUGUCAUGUGUAACUACAAAUAUUUAUUUUUGUGAAACCAAGGAUCAAACGAUAGGUCAGGUAUGCAGUGAGGAGAAAGUGUUCAUUUUAUAAGCAAAUUACAUACAAUUGCUAAAUCAAUAUUGUGAAUUAAUUUCAAAAUUGAAGAUUUGUCAUAGAGAAUAAAAAGAAAUGAAUUCUUGACACCAAAAUUGCCUUUUUAAUAGUCGCAUUUUAUUUUUCAAAAAAAAAGCAUAUUUUUCUGACAUGAGUCCACUGUUUGCAUUUUCAAUAUUUGACAUAUGUAAAUUUAAAUGCAGUUAAUGAGAUCUACAAUUUGUACUAGCACUUGAAAAUCAUACAGGAAUAAAUAACCUCAGCAUCAUAUAACUAGAUAGUGUUACUGUAGAGGAUGUAAUUAAUUUACUGUUUAAGAUAUUUACUAUGUAUAACAGAACUUGAUUGGGUAUAAUUCAUUAGAAAUAUUGCUGAUGAAAACCUUUCAUUAAAUAAAAAAGUUUGGUUUCUAUGUAGUCAAUCUGAAAUUAUGGCUAAUUUAAAGGUAAAAGGUAUCACUAUUAUGUUAUGUUAUUAACAUUAUCACUAUAAAGAUAUAUUUAAGGCAUUUCCAUAUAUAUCGCAUGUUUCAAUGUUUUUUAUUAGCCAUUUGAAAUUAUGAGCUUUUGAAAAUCUAAAAAAAAAAAACUGUAGGGUCAAACUCUGGUACAUUUAAAUGCAGGGAUUUCACAACAGGCUUUGCCUAUAUCAGUUCUCUCCAUCAAUUACAGCUGAUCCAGUUGUUCCCUUUACUGUAAGAUGUGAAUCAAGCGAUUGACUUCUAUUAUUGCUGGUAAUUAUCUGUACAGUUUGGAAAGGUAGUAAUGUAGAUUUAAACAGUAAUACACGCAGAGCUACCUGACCCUAGGACUCCACGUUAAAUGGGGGUACCACCCAUUUAAUUUGAUGAAUAAUUUGCUUAAAACUUCAAGGCAGGGAAUUACCCAAUUACACAUACAAGUGAUAUAUAUAUUUCGAAGUCUAGAGAUCAAAUGGAUUUUUUAACUGGAAUAAUCUGCAACAUGAAAUAAAUACUGUUGUGGAUGUACUCAAGGGUAAAUACAACCGUACUACCUGCAAACCUUAAAGAGUCCCACUCUAUAUUACUGGUUAAUUAUCUUUUGUGAAGGAAUGGAUAAUCGGUGAAUAAUUUCACGAGGAUGUAAGGGGAAUAACUCUUUACUUGCAGGUAUAAUGGAUGCAGUAUUAUUUAUCCUUAUAAUUAGCCUAGACUUGACAGCAUUCAAAAAGGAAGACGUUUAAAAAAAAAUUUGACAAUUUCUGAAUUUUUUACUUGUUUGUACAGUAAAUAAUAUAUUAUAUUAUUUCUAUUUUCGUGAAAAAAAUUCAUUAUGAAUUCAGUUAACGUAUUUGACCUAAUAAGGGUGCCAAUGUAGUGUAAUUGACGAGUGGGAUGCCUUGAUUAAAGACUGAUUUUCCCUAACUAACCUCACAGUGCGACUAUUGUCCACAGCGACAGAGACAUAAAAAUCUGUCACACUCCUUAAUUAUUUGUCAAUUGAAUUCCCCGUCAAAAAGCAGUAUAUCAUUCCAGAAGGUUACAUUUGGUCACUGUAUAAGCGGAUGAUACGUCAUGGUAGCUUUAUUGUGCUAUCUGUUAUUAAGAACAAGCCCAUUUUGUUGACAAAAUAUGGAAGAAUUCCCAGUCAGGAAUGGACAAUAAACCAGAACUGUAUGUCUUAUGCAGUUGCGCUAUAUUUUCAAAAUCUCUCUUGAGCACCCUUAUUAUGGGGAAAUAUUGUAUAUUGCAAAUAUUUAUUUGAACACAUUUAAAAAGAAACAAAUGACAGACAGCUCUUGUAACUUUCUGAAUACAAAUCCUUGUAAUUGUCUUUAAAACUGUGUGGUUUACAGUAAUUUUCUGUGAAAUGAUUCAAACGUGAUACACAUUGUGAUAAAAAUAAAGGUGCAUAUUCAAUCUA